UACUGCUAAGCAUGACAAGUUCCCACUUGCCCUGAACGCAGCUUGGAUAGCGUGCUGGACGGGGGCGUGGUCAGAGCGCACAGAUCCGCCUGCACGCGGGCCGCACUCGGUACUACUGAGUUAAUUUGUUCAUACACAUAUGUACGUCAUAUAUGCACUCCUGUGUGAGUGAUACCUGUAUGCUGUGACCCGCGAGAGUGAGCAUACCAAAAAGUCUUUCACGUCUUCUGCGUCCAAUCACGCGUCCGGCGCGAGGGCUCCGCGAGCUGCCGCGACGCACUCCUGGCUCUCUAGCACGCGCAGCGGAGUUUCAACAUGGACUCGGUGCAGAGAAAAGUCGCCGCGCAGGUCCGCCUGCACAAACAUCUGUACGACUCAUCGAUGAGAGAGCACAAGGACAGCGAGACGAUCGCGAACUCGUGGAGGGAGAUAGCCGACAACCUGGGAGAGGAGGAGGCGUUUUGUCGGAGGCUGUGGAAAAACAUCCGGGAUCGCUACGUGAAAGCGAAAAAAAGGAGCCACAUGAAGUGCAGCGUCCUGGGUGGUGUGGCCCCUCCGAUCCUGCUGGAGCUGGGGUGGCUGGCCCAGUUCACCAGGCAUCGAGAGACGGACCGUUUCGACUACGAGGAUGACGGAGUGGUGCGCACUAAAGUCCACAGGGCAUCACAGGAAAUCUCCAACCAGGACGAACCAAAGUCCUCACAAGAGGUUCGUGUCCCUCGGUCAUCCCUACACCUCGUGGUUCCUCCGCUGCGGCUGAUGUCGGCCUGUAUGUGGCAGGUGGCCAAGGAGCGAAAUGUGGACCACUAUGGCAGACUGGCAGAGUUUGUCGUGAUGGUGACGGACAGCGUCCCAGAGCUUCUGAACUACAAACAGAAGAUUCAGCUGAUCCUGGGACUCAGAGCUCGGCUCAUUCUUGAAGACUUAAAGAGGAAUGACAAGGUGGAUUAUAAGACCAUCCAGGAUCACUUUGAUAGUUUCCAAGAGUGGACAACAAAAGACAUAAAUGAGGAGGAUCGAGAUGGAGAAGUGGAGUUUUCAAAGUCAGCCUUUAUGGAGCUGGUUCAGACGUUGCUGACGAACGAAUCUGAGAAAAACAAAUAUUUCAAGGAGGUCUUCUCAGUGCAGUAUGGAGCCCGCUUCGAUACAUCGCUGCAGAUCCUGGUGUGGGAAUUCUUCAGCCGACUGGAAGAGUUCCUCCCAGUACCGAGCUUUUCACAGGUCUCCUCCAUGUUUGACAUUUCAUCCAUUGAACAAGAGUUUGAGCAGUUCGCCUACGACCCUGAAGACCUGAAGAGGAUCUUCCAGCACCAACAGGAGCGGCAUAAGCUGGCUAAAAGUGAAUUCACCUUAAUGUCGGACACCAUCCUUUCCGCGCUUGCAUCUAAACAGACUUCGGUGAUAUCUGAAGAUUUUGCUGAUCAAAAAAUCAUCCAGAUUAAGUUGGGACAGAAGACUGUGAAGCAAGAAGACAGCUGUAGCGGUGAAAACACUUGUGAGGAUGACGAAGAGACCGACGACAGCUCGACUGAAGCCAAUCCAAACUCUCGGCUGAACGAGUACGGGCUGUCGCCUCUCACGUCCUCGUCAUGUUACGAUGAUGCUGAUGCCGAUGCUGCAGGUGAUGAUGAAACAGCUGGUGAGGCCGCCUUCCAGCCCCACAGGCGCUCACGAAGCUCAGUUGAAGGAGCGAAGGAGCAUCUGGAUCUGAGUCGAAACGAGGAGGCAUCGGAAAAGAGCGUGAACCAGUCAGGAGGCAGAGCUGAUGUCACCGUAAAGACGGCGCUGGAAAGUGAAAAGACUUCUGCAUCUCGUUCCUCCCUCCUGAAAAACCAUCACGAUGCUCACUCCCCUGUGCGGCUGUUCAAGUGCACUCAGUGCCAGAGGCCAUUUAAAAGGCGAAAUGACCUGAAGCGGCAUUACCGUGUUCACUCUAGCGUUAAAAUCAUGCCCUUCACUUGCAAAGUUUGUGAUAAGAAAUUCAGUUCUCGGACUAUAGUCAAAAAUCACAUGCGAAGUCACAGCGGAGAGAGGCCGUAUGCCUGCACGUACUGCGACAAGAGGUUCAUGACGAGUUCUGUCCUGAGGUCCCACGAGCGCAUUCACACCGGUGAGCGCCCAUAUGUGUGUUCUUUUUGCAACAGGACAUUCAUACAGUCAUAUACAUACACUGUGCACCUCAGGGUGCAUAAGAAAGAGAAACCAUACCUGUGCAGCACAUGUGGUAUGUCCUAUCCAAGCUCAGGGGCCUUGCUGGUGCAUUCAAGGACUCACACUGGGGAGCGGCCUUAUCAGUGCGACGUCUGUGGGAAUCGUUUCACCACAUGCGAAAGAAUGAGAAGACACCGGAGAUUCCACACUGGAGAGAGGCCGUACUCUUGCUCUGAGUGUGCCAAAUCGUUCCACUGUGGCUCAGGGCUGAAGAAACACAUUCGGACACACACGGGGGAGAAACCCUUCAAGUGUUUAACAUGCCACAAGACGUUUGCUGAGAAAUCCAAUAUGAAAAUACAUCUCAGAGUCCACAAAAAGUAAUGGUUGCUCCUCUUGGUUUGGCACGUAAAUGAUGAAUCACAGACAUGUAUUCACAGAUCAGCCACAGUAUUGACAAGUCCACAUUUUGGAUAGUGAUUAGCAUUGUUCAUCUCUUCAGGUCUCCAAUAAAACUCGCCUGUUUUGACAAACUCUAGUGGUAAACUGUUUGAUAAAAAAUUCUGUAUAAAUACUUACUGCAUUAACACAUUCUUUUCUAAUAGUUUUGUUGUAAUUUUUCAGCGUGAGUUAAAGGACUACGUAUAGUGUGAUAUACAAUGUAUUAACAUAAUAAUCAUUGUUAGUUGUCAUGAAUGACUGUCUUCCAUCCUGUGUUUAUUGGCUUUAUUGGGAAGGGAGGGACGGUCCAUUAAACAUGUGGGGUUUUCUUAAU